AGACUCUGGCCUUACUUCUCCCACCACAGACUUGGAAGCAACUCCAGAGGCUCCUCCAAGAUGUUGGUGGUCCUGCUUACAGCAGCCUUGUUGGCCCUGAGCUCAGUUCAGAGAGCAAAUGCAGAGAUCAUCAGUGAAGACGCUUCUGCUCAGCUCUUAGAGGAAGAGCAAAAAAGCCAGGGCAAAGGUCAACAGCAUCAGAAAGAUGAGGAAGGUGAAGAACCUGGAGAUGAUGAGGAUGACGAUGGGGAAGAAAAACCACCACAGAAACCACCACAUCAUCCUCGCCCUCCAAAACCUGGAAAACCACAUGGCCCACCCCAGGAGGGAGAUCAGGAGAAACCCCGCCCUCCUAAACCUGAAAAACCAGAAAAACCAGAAGGCCCACCUGAGGAGGGCGAUGGCGGUGAUGACAAUGGCAACGACAAUGGUGACGAUGGCAACUGAGGUGAUGAAUAGGAGAAUUAGACAUCAGUUACCUUUAAUGUCAUUUCAAAGAAGCAAUGAUGUUUUAAGAGAAACUUCAACACUCCAAUAAAAUAUUUAGCAUGC